CCUCUCAGUCUCACUCACUGAUGCGCGGGAAGUGACCCUCAGCCAGAGAGGAGUUGAUGUAGCCUCGACUACCGACGCAGCUCUGCUCGGCGCUAAGCAGCGGAUAUACAGUGGACAAACACCUGUAGUCUUUUUUUUGUUUGUUUUGUUUGUUUGUUGUCUGUAGCCAACUGCCUCUUCUCGGUUCGUUCGUGAUCUGAUGAUCCAUGAGGACCUGAUUAUUUCAAGACUGCUGAACAUCACUCCAAUCUCUAGUCCGUCGCGUCGCCACGUCCGUUUGGUGAACUUUACGCAAACGAGAGGAUAUAUAUAUAUAUAUACAGUUGGAGUGUUGAAGCACGGUGGUGCCUGAACUGAAGUUAGCCGUUUGUUCUGCGUAACUGGGGCUUUUAGAAAGGUAUACAAAUGCUCUCCGUCCAGCCGGACACCAAGCCAAAGGGCUGUGCCGGCUGCAACCGGAAGAUUAAGGACCGAUAUCUGCUCAAGGCCCUGGAUAAAUACUGGCACGAGGACUGUCUCAAGUGUGCCUGCUGUGACUGCAGGCUGGGAGAGGUGGGCUCCACGCUCUAUACCAAAGCCAACCUCAUCCUCUGUCGGAGAGAUUACCUACGGUUGUUUGGGGUAACAGGGAACUGUGCGGCCUGCAGUAAGCUGAUCCCAGCCUUUGAGAUGGUGAUGAGAGCUAAAGAGAAUGUCUAUCACCUGGACUGCUUCGCCUGUCAGCUCUGCAAUCAGAGGUGAGUUUACUGGGCGGGAAGCUGCUCCUCGCGUCCACUCAGCCAAUCAG